GUCCCUGUGUUUGUGUUUUCCAGGCUGCUCCACUGUUAAGGAUCCAGUCACAGGUCCAGCGAAGGUGAGCGGCCAUGAGCAGGGCUCCUUGACAGUGAAGUGCCAAUAUACCUCAGGCUAUAAGAAUUACGAGAAGUACUGGUGCCGAGGAGCUCAUUGGAAAAUAUGUGAAAUGCUUGUUGAAACCGAUGCAUCACAGCAGUUGGUGAAGAAGAACCGUGUGUCCAUCAGGGACGACCAGACAGACUUCAUCUUCACAGUGACCAUGGAGGAUCUAAGGAUGAGUGAUGCUGGCAUUUACUGGUGUGGAAUUCAGAAAUCUGGAUAUGAUCCCAUGUUUCAAGUUAAUGUGAACAUUGGCCCAGCUCCAGAAAGUUCGACUACAAUAAUGAUGACCAGAGCCCCAGCUCUGACGUCCAUACCACCAACCAUGGAGAAAACUGGCAAGGAACAAGUGACUCUGAGCAAACAAGCGACUCCGAGGGACCCCCACACCAGGUCCCCGCUGAGCAGAAUCUACUUCCUGCUGAUGGUCUUUGUGGAGUUACCCCUGGUCCUGAGCAUGCUCAGUGCUGUCCUCUGGGUGAACAGGCCUCAGAGAUGCUUUGGGGGAGGUUAAGUUGGCCUGGUGAAGGCCCAUAGUUCUGUUGCCUAGGACAGAGUGGAACACUUUCCAGGAGAUGAAAAUAAUCUCUGUCUGUCUAUGUCUCUGUGUCUCUCUCUGUCUCUCUCUCUCUCCCUUGUGUGUGUGUUGGGGGGAGUGGGGGGUUGGGCAGAUAUGUGUGUGGAGGAAGACAUCUUCAGGUAUCAUUCCAUUAAUGUUUGAGACAGGGUUUUUCAUUGACCUAGACCUUCGUCAAGUAGGACAGAUAGCUGCCCAAGGGAACUCCAGGGAUCUACCUGCCUCCACAGCCCAUUCUGCCAUUACAAACACACACAACUGAUCUCACAUAAAAACAAACAAACACCUUAGAUUUUAGGGAUUGAUCUCAGGUCCUUGUACUUGCAAGGAAGACGAGUGCUUUAUCAACCAAGCCAUCUGCCCAGUCUGGGAAAGACUGGUUCUAUUAAGGAACGACUGGUCAGCAGCACCAUGGCUCUGAGUUGAUGUGGGCCCAGACGCAGACUAACCUCACUCCCAUAGCAGCAACAGCUGAGUUCUGGAACCCAUUAAGGCCCCCGCUCUCUUACAACACCCCACAGUGCCUACCUGGGCCUAUCAUCCACUGCCAGCUUCCAGGGAACUAGAAAAUACAAGAAAAAGUCAUGUUUCUUUGUAGGGCUCCAGUUCCUUAGAGGACACUUGCCAAUACAAGUCUUUGGCCCACAAGCCAGCUGAUUGACCAAAUAUCUGGGAAAUGUGGCCUCACUAAGUGGCAAAACAGUUUGCCAUUGUCAUACUGGAUGUCUGCCCCUUAUGGAAGGGACACACCCUGCUUUCUUUUUUGUCAACAUAACCCUGUAAAACGAAGCCCAUUGCAGGUACAGAUGCAAGACUUGACCUAGGCUCUGUACCACCUGCACAGGUCUCCAAGUUGUAGCUUGGCUUAGGGCUUUGAACUCUAGAUUCCCUGCCCAGUGAAACUAAAUGGGGAGCAAAGCUGCAGGAAGGCAACUGGCCGCUCGGUAUCACAAACCCACAUCACUCUAUGACCCCUCCAGGGAUGGUGUCUGUGCCCGGCAGAGACCUGUGACAAAAAAAAAUCCAUGUUGUUUCUUUGGAAAGGUGUCAGGCAGUGUAAAAAAAUAAGAGAAAUGUC